AUGCCACCAAAAAAGAGUACAAAGAGUGGGGGAGGAGACGAAAAUGAAAGCCGUCUAAGAAUAGCCAUAGUGGAGGCGGAUAGGUGCAAACCUAAGAACUGCAGACAAGAAUGCAAGGCAUUCUGUCCUGUAGUAAGAACGGGGAAGCUUUGCGUGGAGGUAGAUUCUUCUAGCAAAAUUGCUUCCAUUUCAGAACCUUUAUGUAUUGGAUGCGGUAUUUGUGUCAAGAAAUGUCCCUAUUCUGCAAUUACUAUCAUUAACUUACCUAAAAAUAUGAGUAAAGACACAACACAUAGAUAUGGCAAGAAUAGCUUUAAAUUACAUAGAUUACCGGUACCUCGUCCGGGGCAAGUCUUAGGUUUGGUUGGAACAAAUGGAAUAGGAAAGAGCACAGCUUUACAAAUUCUAAGUGGGAAGCUUCGUCCAAAUCUUGGAGAUUACACAAAGGAAUUAGAGUGGAAAGAAGUAAUUGCUUAUUUCAGAGGAAGUGAACUACAGACAUAUUUCAACAAGAUGCAAAAUGGGGAACUCAAAACUGUAAUUAAACCUCAAUAUGUUGACCACAUUCCAAAGAGAGUUAAAGGUAGAGUUGGUGACAUUAUUUAUGCUAAGGAUGAAAAGUCGAUCGCAGAAACCUUAAUAGAUGAGCUGGAAUUGAGGCAUUUACUAGAUAGACAGGUUGGGGAAUUAAGUGGUGGAGAGCUACAAAGAUUUGCCUUAUGUGUAAGUACUUCAGUUGCCAGUAUGGUGUAUAUGUAUGAUGAGCCCAGUAGUUAUUUGGAUAUUAAACAGAGAAUUAAUGCCGCCAAAGUUAUUAGAAAUGUACUCAAUCAUGAGAACUACGUCAUUGUAGUGGAGCAUGACCUUUCAGUCUUGGAUUAUCUCUCAGAUCUGGUUUGCUGUUUGUGGGGAAGCCCUGGAGUAUAUGGAGUUGUUACUACACCUUUUAGUGUAAGAGAAGGUAUUAAUAUUUUUCUGGAUGGUUUUGUACCAACUGAAAAUAUGAGAUUUAGAGAAGAAGGACUCAAUUUUAAGAUUGUAGACCAGGAUGAAAUUGCAAUGCAAAGAUCCAAUUUUGUAAAAUACCCAGGAUUCACAAAAACUAUGGGAUCCUUCAAACUUUCGGCUGAAGCUGGAGACUUUGGAAACUCUGAAAUUAUUGUUAUGCUUGGACAGAAUGGAUGUGGAAAAACAACGUUCAUCAAGAUCUUAGCAGGAGUGACCAAACCUGAUGAUUCUGAUAUAAUUGACAAAGAUCAUUACCAGAUGCCAGAAUUUAAUGUCUCCUACAAACCACAAACUAUAUCACCCAAAUUUGAAGGUACUGUUAGAGACUUGUUCCUAAUGAAAAUCAGAGAAUCUUUCAUGGAUGUCCAAUUCACCUCAGAAGUUGUAAAACCAUUCAACAUUGAGAGAAUUGCUGACCAACAAGUCAAACUUCUUUCUGGUGGAGAGCUCCAAAGAGUAGCUUUAAUCUUGGCUUUGGGUAAGAAAGCUGAUAUCUACCUUAUUGAUGAACCAUCAGCUUACUUGGAUUCAGAACAAAGAAUUACUGCAUCCAAAAUAAUUAAAAGAUUUAUUCUACACUCGCAAAAAACUGCCUUUGUUGUUGAACACGACUUUAUUAUGGCUACUUAUCUUGCUGACCGUGUUAUAUUAUUUACUGGUACCCCAGGUAUCGACUGUUGUGCCAAUAGACCCGAAAAUCUGGUUACUGGCAUGAACAAAUUCCUCAAAAUCCUUGAAAUCUCUUUCAGAAGAGACCCUAUGAACUUUAGACCCAGAAUUAACAAACUUGAUUCUGUCAAAGAUAAAGAGCAGAAGAUGUCCGGAAACUAUUUCCUUCUCGAGGACUAA